AUGGGGCGGGCUGGUCCUGUGCCUCCCGGAGCCCGCCGGGCUCUCCUGGCCUGCGGGACUUCGGCGGCCAGAGAAGGUCCUGCGGCUGCUGGCUCCCGUUUGCUGUCCCGGGGCAACGGUUUGGCCCCCAGGGUGGGUGCCCGCCAGGUUGAAGAGCUCACUAAGGAAGUCCAUAGUAGGAAGGAGAAGGAUACAUCUAGCGUAGAAGUACAGACAGAGGACUAUGCUGCGUGGUCACAAGGAGAUUAUUACUACUAUGAAAAUUAUUACAAUCAUAUUGAUACUCAAGAUUGUGCAUCUGAACUGCCAGUGCAGCACAAUCAUGGGACUGAAGGCACUGAGCAUAAUUCCACAGAGGAAUUGCACACAGGUGCUAGUAUUACUCUAAGGACGGAUAGCACUGAGGUUGCUGAAGGUGGAGAAGAGGAAAAGUUCAUCCAGAAUUUACAGGAAGCAGAAGAUACUUCAGUACCAGAGGGUUCUUUGGCGGAGAGCUUGAGAGCUGCUGCAGAAGCUGCUGUUUCACAAACCGGAUUUAUUUACGAUGAAAAUACAGGACUGUAUUAUGACCAUAGCACUGGAUUCUACUAUAAUUCGGAAAAUCAACUGUAUUAUGAUCCAGCAACUGGAAUUUAUUACUACUGUGAUGUGGAAAGCGGCCGAUACCAGUUUCAUUCACGAGUGGAUCUGCAGUCUUAUCAGGCCUCUGGUACUCAGCACACCAAGGAUAAAAAAGGGAAAAAGAAGAGAAAAGAACCAGAGCGGAUUACUGCAAAUGAGUAUAAGGUACGUCAGUUGACAGAAACCAUGGCUAAUCUGAAGAUUUCUUCUUUUGGAUUGGCAGCUUCUGGUGAAGAUGAAGAAAAGAUCUGGCCUCCUUGUAUCAGAGUAAUUGUAAUAAGAUCGCCAGUUCUACAGACUGGAUCACUUUAUAUUAUCACAGCUGUGAAACCUGCUACAAUCGGAAGAGAAAAAGAUGUUGGACACACACUUCAGAUUCCUGAAGUUGGAGUCAGUAAGUUCCAUGCAGAAGUAUAUUUUGACCACGAUUUGCAAAAUUACGUUCUUGUGGAUCAAGGCAGUCAGAAUGGAACAGUUGUUAAUGGAAAUCAGAUUCUCCAGCCUAAAAUAAAAUGUGAUCCCUACAUCUUGGAGCAUGGAGAUGAAGUGAAGAUUGGUGAAACUGUGCUUUCUUUUCACAUACAUCCUGGCAGUGAUACUUGUGAUGGAUGUGAACCAGGACAAGUCAGAGCACAUCUUCGCCUGGACAGAAAAAAGGAAUCUUCUGUUUGCCCAGCACUUAGCAAAGAAGAGAGAGAGUUAGUCAGAAGAAAAGCUUUAAAACAAAUACGGGUAAAAUAUGGUUUACAGAACACAGAGUAUGAAGACAAUAAAGCAGUGAAGAAUCCAAAGUACAAAGAUAGAGCAGGAAAACGCAGAGAGACCAUUGGAAGUGAAGGAACCUUCCAGAGAGAUGAUAGUCCAGCUUCUGUUCAUAUGUAA